AUGAUAAACGCACAUCUUCCUCUAAUUACAUCGCUCAUCUUCUCGCUCUCGGUUCAAGGCCUUUACCUUCGACCACUUAUGCCGCGGGAUGACUCCCCUGUCCAUUGCCGGACUAACCUGACCAUCCCCUCCAUUCCCGAACCUUGCUUUCUGUCCUGUCAGCCUAUUCGCGAACUGCAGCGCCGUUGUAGCGAUACCAUUCCGUGCAUGUGUCACAAUGCCCCUCCUCCGUAUAUGGAUCAGUGUCUGCAAUGUGUCUUGGAGGCAGCGGGCGAUGUGGUGUCCAUGGUCCCUAAUUAUCUCAACGAGACGUUCGCAGACGUUCAAGCCUACUCACGCGCAUGCGACGCCCUAAAGAAUCAAGUCGUUCCUGAUACCAACAAACCGGAGGCGCAAGCCGUAAGAAACUGGUGCCCGACCAUUGCACUCACCCCCGCACAGGUCUCAAUACACUCAAAACUACGACAUCGUCCCCUUCAUGAAAUUAUUCCACUCCUAAGUAUUGCAUGUGCUCUUUGCUUUUAUUGUCUUCAUCGUGCCAAUAGGACAUUUAGAAAGAAGUAA